UUUGGUCGCCAUCAGAAGUUCCAUUUUUCCCAGCGAGUGUGUGUCGGACAUACUUUUCUGUGAACGCUUACUUUCUACAAAGGACACAAAAAGCUAAAUUCUACCAAGAUGCAGGGAAUGACGAUGGCUAGUUUGAAGAAAAACCCAGCGCUGAUCCCGCUGUACGUUUGUAUUGCGCUGGGUUCGGCUGGAGCCGUCUUCUACACCCUCCGUUUGGCUCUGCGUAGCCCCGAAGUCACCUGGAGCCGCAAGAACAACCCGGAGCCAUGGGAGGAGUUCAGGAACAAGCAGCAUAAGUUCUACUCGCCGGUCAGGGACUAUUCCAACAUUAACAGCCCAGCCCCGAAGUACACCGACUAAAGUCAGCAUUGUCAAUCACUAGAGAGGCCACCGGCUAGAAUAUGGGGACGGAGAACAUAUUACUCCCUUAGCAUCAACUAGUAAAAUACUGGCCACAGACGACCGGGUCCCCUUAUAGUAGUGCAGAUGUAUUAAAAAGCCAUUUGAGCAGCCGCUGGAAAGUCUCAAAGGAUAAUGAUUCGACCGAUUAUUUAUUGGCACGCAGUAAAUGCGUCAUUGGAAAAGGAACAUUCUGCCACGAAAGGAAAUUGGUGCUUAUUCUAGUUUGGUUGGUAUUAGAACUUCUUGUUUGUAAAUAUGGUCCAAUCUCUGUGUGGUAACCGGAACAAAUUGCGCGGCAAAUAAAAUCUGCUGAUUUUGAAAACCAA